AUGAUUUCAACAAUCGGCACAACAACAAUUCAAACAACAGCACCAAACUCGUUAGUCAUGAAUCCAACAUCUAUGUUAGUAGAGAUGAAAAACUUCAUUCCUUCUUCAUUUACUUUCGAAACAGAAAUACAAAGAAUAAAGCAAGAACUUUUAACAAGUAAUUUAGACUGUACCGCACAGGAUGAAGAAAAUGAAGAAUAUCUUUAUGAAAUGCAGGACAUUAUUGACCAUUUACCCAAAUUGCCUGAAAUCCAACAGCAAAAACUAACUAUUCCUGAAUUCGACGAAAUUGAAGUUAAAGUUACUGAUUCAGUAGAAAUAAAGAAGUUCAUACGUAAAGUAAAUUAUGAAUUCCUUGGUUUUCAUUGCAACCAUAAAGUUAUGGACAAAGAUUGCGACAUGGUUUAUAAAAACAUUUCUGACAUAUAUAAAUCUGAGGAGUUUAAGACUUACGAUAACUUUGUUUCAUUAGUUGCAAAAUGUGUUUGGGAAAUAAGAGAUAAAGAUAGAAGAGGCAAAGUAUGGAACGAACAAAUAAGACCCGCUAUGUUUGAGAUGAAGAGAGCAAUUGACGCUUUAG